AUGGCCGCAGACAACAACCUGGCCGCCCAAAGGCUCAACGUCCUCGUCUAUUCCGGUGCGCUCACCCAAUCUGCUUGGAGGAAGAAUGUUCUGACGGAUCCAUCGCCAGGCAAUGGAAGCACCGUGGAAUCCGUCCGCCACUGCCUCUACACCCUCCGCCGUCUCCUGGCUCCCAACUAUGCGGUCAUCCCGGUGACCGCGGACAUGAUCAUCAAGGAGCCAUGGACGGCCACGUGCGCCAUGCUCGUCAUGCCCGGCGGCGCGGAUCUGGGAUAUUGCAAGGCCCUCAAUGGCCAGGGUAACCGACGGAUCUCGCAAUUCGUCCAGCGGGGAGGCGCCUACCUGGGCUUUUGCGCCGGCGGGUACUACGGGAGCAAGCGGUGCGAAUUCGAGGUCGGUGACAAGAAGAUGGCGGUGGUCGGGGACAGAGAGCUGGCUUUCUUCCCCGGUACGUGUCGCGGCUGUGCCUUUCCCGGGUUCGUCUACCACAGCGAAGCCGGCGCGAGGGCGGCGGAAUUGAAAGUCUCCAAGUCGGCUCUGAACGUCGGCGUGGUCCCGGACGUCUUUCGGAGCUACUAUAAUGGAGGAGGCGUUUUUGUCGAUGCCCCUUUAUUCGCGGCGGUGAACCUCGACAAAUCUGCUGGCGGGCCUGAAUACGCAAAAGUGGUUGACCAGCUGGAAGCCGAUGACAAGGCGCGCACUGACUUCCUGAAAGCAUGUCUCGCCAAGUUGGGCCUUCGGGUGAAUCAGGAGACAGCAACGGUACCGUCUCUCUCUUGCUUGCAUCUGUCCUCGGUGGAUUCUGAAGACACGGGUCGCCUGGUGUCCUCCUUGGAGGAGAUCAUCAGCAAAGAGGGUGACAAGGAGUAUCUGAAGGACGACAAUGACACGUUCUUGAUUGAAAGACCGGAUGCAUUCCGGAUGGAGGAGCUGGAAGAAGCCCUAUCGUCUGUGAAUGACCCAGCGGAGGAGACAAAAGCUGAUCAAUCCAGCAGUACAACGGAGGACAGAAUUGUCGACUAUAAUUCCAUCGUCAAACGCCUCCUGAUCCAUAAGGAGCUUCCCUCAUCCAAGAUCACGCCGUAUUGGAAUCACCAUGCUUUUUACACCCAUCUUAGAACCUACCAGUCUCAGUCAAAGGAAGCGAUAUUAGAUUUUGGCAGACACCUGCUAUAUGGCGAGGUUGUCACGAGCACGAAUACCAUUCUGGAAAAGUAUGUCAUCCCCAUUCUUUUCCCCUGUCGAAGCUCGUCGCUGAUGGAUGAGUCCAGAAACACUCAACUCCUUCGCCGUCUUCCCACCGGGUUUACUGCUACAGCUACCGUGCAAGUGGCCGGCAGGGGUCGGGGGUCCAACGUGUGGGUAUCGCCCGCGGGGGCUCUUAUGUUUUCGACUGUGAUCCGCCAUCCAGUUGAUAAAAUACAGUCGGCGCCCGUGGUCUUCAUUCAGUACCUCGCUGCCAUGGCUGUGGUCAAGGGGAUCAAGAGCUACGACAAGGGCUAUGAAGAUCUACCAGUCAAGUUGAAGUGGCCAAACGACGUUUACGCCAUUGACCCCGCUCAACCAGAGAAGAAAUCAUAUACCAAAAUCUGCGGCAUCCUCGUCAACUCACACUUUUCCUCUCGGGAGUACAUCUCGGUGGUCGGCAUCGGGCUGAACGCAACCAACGCGUCGCCAACGACAUCGCUGAACGCCCUCGUGCAACGCUUCGCCCCGUCCGGCACUGCUACCAAGCAGCCCAUCACGCUAGAGAAGCUCCUUGCGCGCAUCCUCACCGUCUUCGAGGAGCUGUACACCCGGUUCCUGCGGACAGGCUUCGACCGCGCCUUCGAGGAGAUGUACUACGCGGACUGGCUGCACAUGCACCAGGUCGUCACGCUAGAGGAAGAAGGCGGCGCGCGGGCGCGCAUCAAGGGCAUCACGCGAGACUACGGGCUGCUGCUGGCCGAGGAGUUGGGGUGGGAGGAUCGACCGACGGGUAGAAUAUGGCAGUUGCAGAGCGAUAGUAACAGCUUUGAUUUUUUUCGGGGGUUGGUUAGGAGGAAGGUGUGA